AUGCGCAGCAUCAAUGGCCAGCUGUACGCCCCGCUGCAACAUGUCAGUGCCGUGCUUCGUGGUGGAGCUGCUGCCAAAGCGGGCUUGCUGAAAGGCGAUCGCAUCCUGCAAGUAAAUGGAGUAAAUGUGGAGGGUUCAAUGCACAAACAGGUUGUGGAAUUGAUAAAAGAUGGCGGCGAUCAGCUAUCGUUGGUUGUGAUUUCGGUGGAUGCUGUCGAUGCGGAACGCUUCGAAGGCGGCCUCAUCGAAGAAAGUUCUGCCAUCUAUAGGUAA